GAAGUAAAUAAAAAGUACCGAAUUACAAGGCAAACAAGCAAUGAGGAAGUCAUGCAACAUAUCUUAGAUCACGAAGCUUGUCUGACGAGGAAAUAGCAAGAGGCGGAGCGCGCGCGAGGAAGUGCAGUUAAUCUAAUCAAGUGCAAAGUAAUGGUGCAGUGCUCCCGGCGGCUUCAGUGCGCAGGACAGCCACCCAACAGGAGCACCCAGCCGCCAAUACACCGGCAGUCUGGCAGGUAAGCCGCGGCCUGCUACCUGACACCUGCCGCGCUACCGCCACCGCCUCCGCCCGGUAUGUUGUGACCGCUCCCCAGCAACCCCUCCUCUCGUGCCCUCAGGUGUGGAAUCUGAAGCAAUGGGGGAUAUGGAGCCCAAGUCGCGGCCACGCCUGGGUCUGGAUGAGGUGCGGCGGGCGGCUGAGAGGGUCUCUGCGCACCUACACAAGACUCCUGUCCUCACCAGCACUCACCUCAACGCUCUUGCCGGCAGGCAGCUCUUCUUUAAGGCCGAACACCUGCAGAAAACUGGCUCAUUUAAGGCGAGGGGAGCCUGCAAUGCGGUGUUUAUGGAAAAGCAGCUCAACCCAGACAGCAUGGGUGUGGUGACUGACAGCAGUGGGAAUCAUGCCCAGGCAGUGGCAUAUGCUGCAAGAUGUGUGGGCUUGCCAUGCACAGUGGUGGUGCCGAGGGGAGCGCCAAAGGUGAAAUGUGAUGCCAUCAAGGAUUAUGGGGCCUCCCUGGUGUUUUGUGAUCCAUCACCAACAGCAAGAAGGGAGACAUGUGCCCAGGUGGCUCAAGAGACUGGCAAGACAAUAAUUCAGUCAUCAAGCAACUACCACGUCAUUGCUGGUCAGGGAACCCUCGCUCUGGAGCUGUUGGAGGAGAUUCCUGACUUGGAUGCAAUAUUGGUGCCUGUGAGUGGUGGGGGCAUGCUGGCGGGUGUUUCUGUUGUUGCCCACCUCCUGCAGCCCAAGUGUCAGGUGUACGCGGUAGAGCCAGUGGGCAAGGACUUGCAGAGGUGCCUGGAGGCCAAGGAAAGGCUGUGGCCAAGUCCACCCGUCUUCCUGAACACUGUGGCAGACUCCAUCAGGCUGCAGGAGGUUGGGGAGUUGACUUUUCCAAUCAUCUGCGAGUAUGCCAAUCACAGAGUGUUCACAGUCACCGAUGAACAGAUGGUGCAAGGCAUGAAGCUCAUCUUUGAACGCAUGAAGCAAGUGGUGGAGGCAGCAUCAGGGGCAGGAGUGUAUGCUGCCGUCCAUUUACUGAAAGACAUCCAGCCCAAGGCACAGAAGGUUGGGGUGAUAUUGUGUGGUGGCAAUGUAGAUCUGGAUGUCCUGCCUUGGCUCACUCGCACCACCUCCUACCAGUGACCAACUGCCAGUGCUCAGCCAUCACUCCAAGCUUAAGUUUUUUUCGUUUUGUUUUUGAUAGUUCUUGGCUGUAGUAAUUUGUGGUAGUACAUGAUUUUGUGAGUUAGUUGUCCUUGGUAUUCAUGACUUUAUUACUCUAAGGGUUAUUGUUGAAAGAAUCUCUCUCUCUCUCUCUCUCUCUCUCUCUCUCUCUCUCUCUCUCUCUCUCUCUCUCUCUCUCUCUCUCUCUCUCUCUCUCUCUCUCUCUCUCUCUCUCUGUGCUUUGUCCAAACAAUUUAAUACUGUUGAACUCAUGAACUCUGUUUCUCUGGGAAUAUGGUUUGUGGUACAGUCCAUUCCAUAAAAAUUGUAAUCCAGAUUUUCCAUGUACAUCUGGGUCUUCUUAUGUAGAUCUUCUAAGAUAUGUAUAUUUAGUGAAUUGUUCAUCCUCUGUGAAAGUUUCCAUCAUUACUUCAUGUGGCUUUUGGGUCUAAGUAACAGAACAUUUGUGCUUUGUAAUUAUCUUGCAUUCAGAAUUCUCAUAAAAUUUUUUUUUAAGUAUCACAUAGAAGUUUUCCUCUUAAUAUUACAAGUUGAAAUGAGGAAAUUUUUGUGGAUUUCAGAAAAUUAUAGAAAUUUUUAAAAUUAUAGAAGUUUUUAAUCAGCUUCAUUGUAGUUUCAUGAACAUUUCAAUUUAAACCUUGCUUGCUCAUCCCUUUACUGAUAUUCAUCUUGCUUUCCAAUGUUUGUACAAAUCCUUAAACUGCAAGAGAAAAGUAAAUUCUGUCCUUGCAAGGUAAUGAAAUUGGGUAGUAAUCUCACUGCUGAAGCUCCAUUUAUUAUUAGUUAUUUUUUAACAGUAGUGGGUGAAGGUAAUUAUAUUUUAAGUAUAUAUAUAUAUAUAUAUAUAUAUAUAUAUAUAUAUAUAUAUAUAUAUAUAUAUAUAUAUAUAUAUAUAUGCUCAUCCCUUUACUGAUAUUCAUCUUGCUUUCCAAUGUUUGUACAAAUCCUUAAACUGCAAGAGAAAAGUAAAUUCUGUCCUUGCAAGGUAAUGAAAUUGGGUAGUAAUCUCACUGCUGAAGCUCCAUUUAUUAUUAGUUAUUUUUUAACAGUAGUGGGUGAAUGUAAUUAUAUUUUAAGUAUAUAUAUAUAUAUAUAUAUAUAUAUAUAUAUAUAUAUAUAUAUAUAUAUAUAUAUAUAUAUAUAUAUAUAUAUACUUGAAAAAUAUAAGUAGGCAUAAACAAAGAAUUAUAUUUUCUGGUAUUGAUAUUGUAAUGGGUGAUCACUGUAUAGAGGAAGUGUUGCCUGCCAGAGGUUGUCUAGUUGAUAGCAAACGCUGUGAUGUGAAGAUUGACCUGCUGUGUAUUCAUACUAUUGCUUCCGUGGCAGUGGCAACAAAGAAGUAGCUAUUUUUGCUCUUAUAUUACAAUUCAAGUCAUCUAUAUUUGAUGUUUUUGAUAUCUAAUAUUUCAGAAACUAUUUUUGACUUUUUUUUAUAUAAUCAUACUUUCAUAUGAUGGAUGCAAAUUUCCCUGACUUGAAUUGUCUAAGGGAGUGAAUAUGAGGACUGAAUGGUGUUGGGCUUCCUUAUUCCUUCCAAGCGCUUUACUGCUAGACAGAAUACCCAGGAAAACAUUGAUUCCCUCAUUCUGAUCAAAGUUGUUUUAUAGCUAGUUGUAGUGCAUAAAUGAUAGUAACUAAUUUGCUUUACCAUGAACUUAAAAAAAACUGUGAACAUAUCAUUGACAGCAUUAGCAGCCCUAUUUUGCCACUAAUCUACAGUAACUACAAAAAGUUUGAUGUGAUGAGGGCAGUCUUGACUGACUAACAUAUCAAAAUAAAAUGGGGAUAAAAUGACAAAUUUAUACCUUACAUGAACAUUAACAUUUAGUACAACUUUCUCCAGCACUGAUAAUGGUGAGGAUGCAUUUAAACACAGAUGAAGAAAGACUGUUGUUCUGGAGCUACUGUUUCUUUGCCAUGUCCUGUAUGUCUUCCAGUUUCCAUUAGAGAGGUUUUUCUCCUUUUAAAAGUCAACAAAAUAGAACUUUCUGGAAUCUUAACCUUUUUACUAGAGAUAAUUUCCAAGCUUCAUUAAAUCACCUAGUAUUAUUAUUAUUCAGAAAAGAGUAAAUAGAGAUACAAUAGUAAUCGAUGAGUAAUGAGAUGAAUUUUAAUGUUUGCAUUACAACAAAUAUUUUGAACUCAUAAUACAUUUUUGUAAUGAUAGCCAGAACAAAAUUAAACUAGUGUUUUGAAGCUUUAAGGUAAGGACAAGAUAUGAAAAACAGUAGUGCACAAGAGACAAGAAGUAAAGGAUACAGCAUCUUUAUAUCCUCUGUGAUCAGUUGACUAGGCUGUGGAGAAUACUGUGAAACUCAACAUAACUCAGUCACGUGAUAGUGUGGAAAGUCAUGUCUUCACUCAUUCUCAGAGAUAUGGCUAUCAAAUUUUUCUGUGGAUGCUGUAGCUUGGCUGUGGCAUAAGACUUCAGGCGUGUAACAAGAGCUUAGCAUCAGGUAUUAAGCUUUAAUCUCAUGUGGCGUUUUGCAGUGUAUAUGCAACGAAGCUGCUUGUGUGAGGGCUUGGAAGCAGUGAGCUAGUAUGUGUAUGGUGCAUUUCUCGUUUGUUAAAUGCAUAAGCGUAUAUGCAAUUAUAAUAAUGCUAUUCAGGCUCAACAGUACAAGUGGGUUAGCUUUGAUGAGAUGCAGCUGUCACUCAGGCAUUCAAGGACCUGUUAAUCUUUGAGAAUGAACAGGAUGCUUAAAAGUUUAUUAAUCUCACAGCUACUCUUAAGUUGAUGAAGUGGUGUAUAAUGUUAAUACUGCAUUGUGAGGAAAUGAUGAGGGAGAGAUGAAUGGUGGUUGUUGUGGUGAUUUUGACGUGGUGAUAAUAGGGGUUUUGAUCCCCAGAUUAGCAUGCUGUGUUUGUGUUUCGCUGUGAUGCAUCUGGGUUGUGAUGUCGCAAGUUGGUAAUACAGUUUGCCCUUUGUAAUGUCUCUGUACUGCCUAUUGUAAUAAAAUUUCAGUGAUGCAUUA